UUUGUGUUCGGACAAACACAGUCGAGGCCAUGCUCAGACGGAUACUCCAAAUGACUCCUGGGAAAGGUGGCUCCCAGAAUGCAGAGUCAGAGCAGCCCAGCACAGACCUCAACCAUGAUCAGACAUCUGAGGGCUUCAUCUGUCCUCAGUGCAUGAAGUCUCACAACUCUGCAGAGGAGCUGUUCAAGCACUAUGAGCUGUUCCAUGAUACCGGAGACCUCCCUGCUCAUGUGGCCCCCACUCGGGAAGACCUUACAAUGCUGCGGCAAGAGGUUCAGGACCUUCAUGCUUCUCUCAAGGAGGAAAGAUGGUUCUCUGGUGAGCUCAAAAAGGAAUUAGACAAAGUCCAAGGACAACUGAAGCAAAACGAUGGACCGAUGGGCUCAGAGGACUCAGUCCUUGAAAGGAAGUUGAAUGAAGCAGAGACAGAAAAGUUCAAUAUCAAGCAGAUGAAAGACCUGUUUGAGCAGAAGGCUGCCCAGCUAGCCACAGAGAUAGUAGACUUAAAGUCCCGCUAUGAUGAGGAGAAGAGCCUGAGGGAGGCUGCUGACCAGAGGCUAGCCAAAGUGACCGAACAACUGCAGAAAGAAAAGCAGGAGAAUGAGAGACUCCAAACUGAGCUGCUGCAGCGACCAGGAGUGGAGGACGUGGAGGUCCUGCAGAAGGAACUGGUGCAGGUGCAGACGCUAAUGGACCGUAUGACGUGUGAGAGGGAGGAGGAGUCUGAACGCCUGAAAAACCACUACGAGCAACUGAAGGCUAAUUACACUACCUCAGAGUUGACCAUAUCCCAACUAAAAGCAGAGCUGGAGAAGGGUCCACAAGAAGCAGCCGUCUACACCCAACAGAUCCAUGAGCUGCAGAGCAAUCUGAAUAAUUUGCAGCAGCAAAGCCAGAGCCUGUCUGAAAAGCUGGCACGUAAGGAGAAGGAGUAUCAGGAACUGGAGGAGAGUCUGGGAGCUGAGAAAGCUGCAAAGAAGGGAGUCCAAGACAGCCUGAAGGAGAGAGAGGUGGAGGUCCAAGAGCUCCAGGCUCGGGCCACAGGGGCUGAGGCCUCCCUGCAGAAGACCCACACGGAGCUCGGAGAGAGGACUGAGGAGGUGGCAAAGCUGAAGAGUGAGAUUGGCGAGCUGGAGGUGAAGCAUGCAGAGCUGAAGGUUGAGAGGAAACAGCUGGAACAGCAAAGGGAAGAAAAAGAGAGCCAAGGUGCACAGCAGCAGACAGAGAUCAGUCAGCUGCACGCCAAACUGCUGGAGGCAGAGAGGCAGCUGGGGGAGGUGCAAGGUCGUCUGAAAGAACAGAGGCAACUGUCUGGGGAGAAACUGAAAGACCGUGAGCAGCAAGCAGCCGACCUGCAGCUCAAACUCUCCCGUGCAGAAGAGCAGUUGAAGGAGGGGGCCAGUAAGAACACAGACCUGCAGCACCAGUUGGAGAAAGCCAAGCAGCAGCACCAGGAGCUGCAGGCGCUGCAGCAAAACACCAACGGCAAACUCCGCGAGGCACAGAAUGACCUGGAGCAGGUGUUGCGCCAGAUUGGGGAUAAGGACCAGAAGAUCCAGAAUCUGGAGGCUCUGCUGCAGAAGAGUAAAGACAUUGUGAGUCAGCUGGAAGCCGAGAGAGAGGACUUAUGUGCCAAGAUCCAGGCUGGGGAGGGAGAGACGGCGGUUCUUAACCAGCUAAAAGAGAAAAACCACGCACUACAAGAACAGGUGACACAGUUGACUGACAAGCUGAAAAACCAGUCGGAGAGCAACAAGCAAGCCCAGGAUAACCUACAUGAGCAGGUCCAGGAGCAGAAGACUCUGUUGCGUUCGGCUCAAGACCGAGCCCACACCCUAGAGACCUCAGUCACUGAGCUCACUGCCCAGCUCACAGACAGCAAGGAGAAAGUAUCUCAGCUGGACUCUCAGCUAAAGGCAAAGACAGAGAUGUUGCUCUCUGCAGAGGCAGCCAAAGCUGCACAGAAGGCCAACCUGGAGAACAACCUGGAGACUGCCCAGCAUGCACUGCAGGACAAGCAGCAGGAGCUGAAUAAAGUUCAGAAGAAGAUGGAGGAGAAGGCCCAAAGGCUCAAAGAGAGACAGGAGCAGUGUACGCAGCUGGAAACCGGUCUGAAGGAAUGCAAAGACAAACUACUGGCCUCAGAGCAGCGUGUAGAGCAGCUGGAGGGGCUCAAUAAGAAAUUGGAGUCACAGGUUGUGGAGCUGCAGGCCACACGAGAUCAGGCGCAGCAGGAAGUACAGAAGCUGCAGAAGGAAGGGUCAGAGGUUAAGCGGAAAGCUAAAGAGCUGCAGCGCUCGCUGGACACAGAGAAAACAGGGGCUUCAACACUACAAGAGGAGUUAAAGAAAAAGGCAGCUGCUUUGAGUGACACCCAACAGCAGCUGGAGCGCUGCGAGCAGGAUAAAGCUGCUCUUAAGGUGAACCUGGACAAGGUGACCCAGGAGGGAAAGACUCAGCAUGCAGAGCUGGACAGGAAAGCUCAGAGUCUGGCAGCAGACCUGAAGAAAGCCCAACAGGAGAAAGAGGCUCAGAGGAAGGAGCUUGUUUCUACUCAGGAGAGCCUAGGAAAUGCUACGAAGGCACUGAAAGAGAGUCAGAGUCAAUUGGACGCAGAGAGGAAGAGCCACAAGUCAGCCAUGGAGGAGAAGGAAAAAUCCAAUGAGAAGUCGCGGCAGGAGCUUCUGAAGAAUAAUGAGACCAUCACCAAGGCAGCGAAAGAAUCUAAAGAGCAGCUGGAGCAGAUGAGAGAGGCAGAGAAAAAGCUGAAAGGGCAGCUGACCUCAUUAGAGCAGCAGCACUCCAAGACUCAGGAGGCACUGAAGGUAAAGGAGAAUGAGUUGGAGAAAGUGCGGGCACAAUUGAAGACAGCCCAGGGGUCCUUUGAAGGGGAGAUCAAGAAACUGAAGGGUCAAGUGACAGAGUUACAGGAAGUCAAUGUCAAGAAGGCAGAGGAGGAGAGUAAGCUGAAAGAUCAGGUGUCAGGGCUCGGCCAGGAGCUGGCCACUGAAAAGAGCCGGACAGCAGAGCUGCACAAGGCCUUGGAGCAAAGUCAGGAAAGUCUCACUAAGCUUCAGUCUGACUUCUACGGCAAAGAGUCUGAGGUUUCUGCAGUGCGUCAAGACCUCAAGGCAUCAGAGGAGAAGCUGAGCUUAGCCCAGGAGGAGCUGGCUGCUAACCGAACCCAUCAGACUGGUUUAGAAGCUCAGAUCCAGGAACUGAAGACGAGCCGCGGCUCGUUGGAGCAGGAGCUCGCCAAACAGAACCAGAAGCACCACCAGCAGGAACAAACACUGAAGGAGCUGCAGAAGCAAGAGAAUCAAGUGAAGGAGGAGCUGGAGAAGGAGAAGAGCAAAGUGGAGGAGCUGAACAAAGCCAAGACUGUCCUGGAAAGGAAUAACAGCAAAUUAACUUCCGAGUUAAAAGCACUAACAGAGAGGAGUGAGAAGGAGCUGGGUGAGUUGCGGGAGGCCAAACAGCUGUUGAUCCAGCAGAAACUGGAGUUACAGGGUCAGGUGGAGGCGGCGCAGGGUGACCUAGACAAAGAGCAGAAAGAGCACCAGGCCACCAGGGACAGCAGGAGCCAGAGAGAGGAACAGCUCCUCGGCCAGACCAAGGAUGCCCAGGAUCAGCUGGCGGCAGAGAAGCGAGCCAGAGAGGAGCAGGUGAAGCUCAGAGAGGAGGCAGAAGCUAAGCUGGGCGUGCAGGUGACGGCUCUGAAUGAAAAUGUAGCCACGCUGAAGAGAGAGUGGCAGGGCAGCCAGCGGAGAGUCGGUGAGCUGGAGAAGCAGACGGAUGAGCUGAGAGGAGAGAUCGCCGUGCUGGAGGCCACCGUGCAGAAUAACCAGGACGAGAGACGGGCUCUUUUGGAAAGGUGUGUGAAGGGUGAGGGUGAGAUAGAGAAGCUGCAGGCCAAGGUGGUGGAGCUGAGGAGGAAGCUGGACGAUACGACAGCAGCCAUGCAGGAGCUGGGCAGAGAGAACCAGUCGCUCCAGAUCAAGCAGUCACAGAGUCUGACCAGGAAGUGGGCCGAGGAUCACGAGGUGCAGAACUGCAUGGCGUGUGGGAAAGGCUUCACUGUCACUGUCAGGAAGCACCACUGCAGACAUUGUGGAAACAUUUUCUGCGCCGAGUGUUCGUCGAGGAACGCCCUCACGCCAUCUUCUAAAAAGCCAGUACGGGUGUGCGAGACGUGCUUCGAGGAGCUCCAAGGCUGAUCUCCCUCUGACCCCUUUACCUAACCCCAAGACCACCCA